AAAAUAUCUAAGUAACAAAUUUAUCUGAACGGAUUCAGAUAUUUGUAUUAAAAAUAACCAUAUUUUCUGAUUCGGUCCAUGUUUUUUUUAAUACAAUUAGUUAUAUUACGAUCCAUCUAAAAUAUAUAACAAUAAUUAUGAAAAACAAAUAUCAAUGUAUAAAAAUAUAAGAACCAAUAUUUGUGUAGAUGUACGGGUCAAUCUCUAGUUUUGAUUAUAGCCGAAUUAACCCUUUUAUUAAAGUAAAAUGCUCAAACAUAUAUAAUCUAAAAGUAAAACGCCACUUGGGACAAACAAGAUAAAUUUUCAGAACAGGGAUGGUGAUGAUGAUGAUGAUGAAAGCGAUGAAUCUCCGCAGAAGCUUAUCAGCUAUAUGCAAAAUGUGAAGUUUUGAUAUGGACGAUAGAAUGCAUGAAGACCUUUGAUUAUUCAGAUGUAAUUUUUGCAUCAAAAUAUUUUUGAUUGGUGAAGAAUGAUGUCUUCACCUGAAUAAUGACCAGCUUUUACUACAUAUUUGGAAGAGUUUCGACAUAAUAAGACUUUUUUUCCUACUUCUAAAAUUCGAUAUAUACCAAGAACAACUAAUUUAGACGCGGUAAACUUGCACGAAGUGCUUAGAAUUCCUUUUCAUAUGUGGUUUAUGUUGAUUCCUGUCUUUUACUCGAAGGGUCAUGACAUAUAUCAUAGUUUAGUUGUGAAAAAAAAAUAGAACGUAAAAAAAAAAGAAAUUUUUACAUUCUAAGACACUUUUUGUCUUUCAUAUUACACAAUCAGACACAAUAUCCAUGUAACACACUUUAUCUAGCUGCAAAGUCACAUAUACCCUCUAAACUAACCCAACUACAGUUUGCCUUUAACCAACCGUGGAUAACAACAAUUUGAAAAAAAAAAUAACAAAAGCAAAACUGUAGAUCUAAAUUUCCCCAAAUCAGAAAACCUAAUUUCUCUCAUCAUCUUGGUUUCUUCCUCUCCACCUCAUAGGCUCAUACUCUCCGUCUCUAAUUGUAAGCCGUCAACACUCCCUCUCUUCGACUCCGCCGUGAACCAUAAGGAAACCAAAGUCAAAGAAGAAGGUCCAUAUAGAGAAUGAGGAAACGCCACCACAAUACGAAGUCAGAGGUAUUUCACUCUUCCCGGUGCUCUCGUUUUCUUCCAAAAUUUCAGAAUCUGAUUGAUUUUAUAUAUGUAGGUCCAUCUUCACCGGACCUCCGUCCACCUCCAAGACUUUCCGCGACGGACCGGUUCCCCACCAGGCGUCUUAACAUCUAUUCCUCCCCGGAUCUUGUUGUUCCUUGAUGGUUUUGUUCAUUGUUUGGCUGCUGUAAUCACUUUUGAGUUUUGAAACAAAGUGUGUAAAAUAACUUAAUUUAUUGAGAAAAUAAUUUGAAUGUUAUAUGGACAAAAAAUCAAAAUGGAAAAACACAAAAAACGCAUUCAAGUUGUUCGACGAAAUGCUCUAUAAAAAUAUGCAUGUCCAUAAAAUGGUGUCCACACAAUCCUAUAUGAUAUAUAGAAAUAUGUAUAUCCACAAAAUAGUGUCCACAAAACCUCGUUCACAAGAACUCGUUCACAUAGACAUCAAAAUUUAUUAUAAAUUUACAAAAAAAUAUAUACAUUAUGGAUAUCAAAAUGUAGAAGAGAAAAAGUUAUAACUUAUUUUAUACAUUAAUAUAGAUUUUAUACAUUAUAAUUUGUAAUAAUGACCAAAAAAAUAUGUUGGGAAUGUACAUAAACACUACACGGUAUGCAUAAAGCACUUGUCCACAGAUACUAAGAAAUUAUGUAAGAUGAUUAGGAAUAUAAGAACUUGUCCAAGAAAAUACAUCCAUGAAACCUCAUCCACGAAAAUUUUAAAGAGAUUUUCUACAUUUUUUAUCCAUCCAUGUCCACAUCUUUUUAUGUUCACGUAUUUUUCUUAUAUGUUCACAAUUUUGCAUCCACACUUUUUAUGUCCAUACAAUUUUUUAUAUAAUUGUUGAAAUAUAUAAUGAAAAUGGAUGUUAAAAUAUAGAGAAAAACAAAUUACAAUUUAUUGUAAUAAUUAUACUUUCUUCAAAUGUCUUAAACUCUGAGAAGAAAAACAAAUAAAAACAUAAGAACUUUGCAAAAAAACAAAGAAAAAGUUGAGAAAAAAAAUAUUCCCUAGAAAACAAACUUAAUAACGAAAUGCAGAGCUGUUAUAAUAAAAAAAAACCAAACUUAAUACGGUCACUUUCCAGUUGGCGAAAAAUAAUAAAAAAACACUGACUCAACCUUGGUCUCAGUUAAGGAAGCGAAGGGCACAAUGGUCCGAAACCAGCUCAGAAUCAAGAUAAAGUGUCCCUCCAGCAAGUUGUGUCUGAGUGUGUCAAAAAAAUAAAAAAGUGUCCCAAACCGUUAUUGACUCAAAAAAAAAAGACAUUAGCUAAAAAAAACUAGGUCGUUUGUGGUUUACAUAUGGCGUGGCGUGGUUGCUGGUUUUGUAUUCAAAGGAAAAGUAGCUUUCGUUCCGGUAGAUCUGACGUUUGACUCGCAGCUUCACUCACUCCUUCAUCGGCGAUUAGAUAUGGCGCUGGCGUCAAUCGGCGCGACACUCUCCCUCCUAAUAAUCUAUCUAUCUCUUCCAAUCUAUGCACACGCGGCCGGUGAAAACACCCUCCUCCAACUCCAAUCUCCUCCCAUGGUCUUCCCUCUCUUUCUCUCUCCCACCUCUUCUUCCAGAUCCGUCUCUGUUCACCAUCGAAAGCUCCACAAAUCACUCCCUCACUCUCGCAUGCGACUCUACGACGACCUUCUCCUCAACGGGUAUUACACGACGCGGCUAUGGAUCGGUACGCCUCCGCAGAUGUUUGCUCUGAUUGUUGAUUCCGGGAGCACUGUUACCUACGUCCCUUGCUCCGACUGUGAACAGUGUGGCAAACACCAGGAUCCAAAGUUUCAGCCGGAGAUGUCCUCCACCUACCAACCUGUGAAAUGCAACAUGGACUGUAACUGUGACGACGACAAAGAGCAAUGUGUGUACGAGCGUGAGUACGCUGAGCACAGCAGUAGCAAAGGUGUGCUCGGUGAAGACCUUAUCUCGUUUGGUAAUGAAAGCCAGCUUACACCUCAGCGAGCUGUGUUCGGUUGUGAGACUGUGGAGACUGGUGAUCUCUACAGUCAACGCGCUGAUGGCAUUAUCGGGUUAGGACAAGGGGAUCUCAGUCUUGUGGAUCAGUUGGUGGAUAAAGGCUUGAUCAGCAACUCUUUUGCCUUGUGUUAUGGAGGCAUGGAUCUCGGUGGAGGUUCCAUGGUUCUUGGAGGCUUUGCUUACCCGUCUGAUAUGAUAUUCACGGACUCGGACCCUGAUCGUAGUCCAUAUUACAAUAUAGAUUUGACGGGGAUACGUGUCGCUGGGAAGCAGUUGUCGCUUAGCUCUGGAGUCUUUGAUGGUGAACAUGGAGCGGUUUUGGACAGUGGGACAACCUAUGCUUAUCUCCCUGACGCAGCCUUUGCAGCAUUUGAGGAAGCUGUGAUGCGGGAAGUUUCUCCAUUGAAGCAGAUUGAUGGCCCUGAUCCAAAUUUUAAAGAUACUUGUUUCCAUGUCGCUCCAAGUAACGAUGCCUCUGGACUUUCGAAGAUAUUCCCAUCAGUCGAGAUGGUAUUUAAGAGUGGACAGUCGUGGCUUUUGUCUCCUGAAAACUACUUGUUCCGUCAUUCGAAGGUGCAUGGCGCGUACUGUCUCGGUGUGUUCCCAAACGGGAAAGAUCAUACGACUCUUUUAGGAGGAAUUGUAGUUCGCAACACGCUUGUUGUGUAUGAUCGUGAGAAUUCUAAGGUUGGAUUCUGGAGAACUAAUUGUUCAGAGUUAUCGGAUAGGCUUCCUAUCGAUGGUGCACUACCACCACCACCACCUGCAAAAUUGCCUUUGAAUGAUUCAAAUCCAUCUCUCAAUACUUCAAGCAAUCUCCCAAGGGAGAAGACACAAAUUGGUCAAAUAAACCUUGAUAUACAACUAACAGUCAAUUCAUCAUAUCUGAAACCUCGCCUUGAAGAGCUCUCCAAGGUAUUCUCCAAGGAGCUCGAUAUCAAACCUACACAGGUCUAUUUAUCAAAUCUCACCUCCAAUGGAAACGACUCUCUAAUCAGAGUAGUUGUUGUUCCUACCGAAUCUUCUAGUUUAUUCUCCAAUGUCACAGCAACGAGCAUAGUUUCUCGGUUUAGCAAUCAUCAGAUCAAGCUUCCUGAUAUCUUCGGAGACUACCAGCUCCUUACUUACAAACUCGAGCCUCCAAGAAAAGGGACAAGGUGGCAGAUGAAAAACACCAUUGUCGUGAUCGCAAUUGUGAUGGUCUCUGUAGUUGUUAGUUUAUUAGCUUAUGGAGUUUGGCUGAUGUGGAAACGCAAGCAAACAUCAAAUCUAUAUAAACCUGUCGAUGAAGCCAUAGUCGCUGAACAAGAACUGCAACCUUUAUAAAUAACCUCCGAGUACUUUACUUUUAUCUUACAAACUGUUCGGUCUUUAUUCAAACAACAGCAUACCAAUUGUCUUGAUGAUGUUUAUUGCUUAGUAAAUAAUGCCAACUUUUUGUUUUUAAUUACGAGUGUUUUAUAUCCUUUUCAAUGGUAUUUUGAUUUCUAUGUUUUUUUCUGUCUCAUUUGUCAGUUAUUUGUAAAAGAUUGUAUGGAAACUGCAUUCUAUCGAUUUUUACUUUGUUCUGAA